AAGUUUGGUUCACUUGAUCCUCUCACCUGCAUGUGCAGGUGAGAGGAUCAGUGCAGCAUGAAUCUUUUAACUGGGCAGUGCUCAGUUGUGAGAGCAGUUGUCCUCUUCCUGAUCAUCUGAAAUACGUCUGGUACGAGAAUCAACAGAAGACGGAGGAAGGAGCACCUUAUUCAAGUUAUUUUCAAUCUGAAGACAGAGCUUCCUGUGCUGUUAAAGGACUCGAGGAUUUCCGCUCUCCGUCAAUGUUGGUGAGUCAGAAUGGCUGGGGUGUGAGUUACACUUCUACUGAGAUCUGUGCCUUCAGAGGAUCAACAGUGGACAUUAACUGUUCCUACACAUACACAUCCAUUUUGAAUCUCCGUGAUACUACAGUUCAGGAAACGUUCUGGUUCAAUAAAGAGAGUAAUGGGAUUCACGUUGAUCUAAGGACUGAUCCGGAGUAUUCAGGUCGUGUGGAGAAUCUCUGUGGAAACAACAAGUGCACUCUGAGAAUCUCUAACCUGAGAGAGAGAGACUCAGCUGUGUACAAGUUCAUGUUCACAACAAACCAACCUACUGGGAGUUUUACUGGUUCAGCUGGAGUCACUCUGUCUGUCACAGACCCUCAGCUCCAGGUACAUGUGAGGAGAUCAACAGCCAAUCCAUCUUCUACCUGGACAGAGCUGACCUGUCACAGCAGGUGUCAGCUCCCUGAUCAUCUUUCCUACGUUUGGUACAAUAACAAUAAACCUGUUGGACGAAAAAAAUACUUUCACCUCCGACACUUUAAUGCUGAAGACAGAUAUCACUGUGCUAUAGAAGGACAGGAGCGUUUCACUUCUCCUACAUUGUACGCUCCAAAGCCUCCCUCUGUGUCAGUGAGUCCCUCUGGUGAGAUCAUGGAGGGCAGCUCAGUGACUCUGACCUGCAGCAGUGAUGCUAACCCAGCAGCUAACUACACCUGGUACAAAAGAAGUGGAGAUAAAAAAGUUGAAUGUCUCAGUGAAGAGACACAAUUUGUCCUCUGCUCCAUCAGGUCGUCAGACUCUGGAGAGUAUUUCUGCACAGCUGAGAAUGAGCUGGGAAGGAGUUCAGCAAACAUCUCUAUUACUGUGACAUACGCUCCAAAGCCUCCCUCUGUGUCAGUGAGUCCCUCUGGUGAGAUCAUGGAGGGCAGCUCGGUGACUCUGACCUGCAGCAGUGAUGCUAACCCAGCAGCUAACUACACCUGGUACAAGGAGGACGAGGACUCACCAACAGCAUCAGGACAAAUCUUCACCAUCACUGAUAUCACAGCUGAACAUGGUGGAAAGUAUCAGUGUGAGGCCCAGAACACACACGGACGUAGUAAGGCCACCUUACAUCUGACUGUUGGAGCAGGGAAGUCACUGAUAAUCAUGAAUAUCAUCAGGCUGACUCUGGUGGUCGUGCUGGUUCCAGUGCUUGUCUGGACUCUGUGGACGAGGAUGAAGAAAACUCUGAGCUUGAAAUCAGAAGUGAAUGAAGCUGUGGAGAUGAUAGAGUCACACAACUGUCCUGAGUAUGAGAACGUUGCUGCUGCAGCACAGACAGAAGACACAGAGGAGCAGGAAGACCUGGUGUGAAGCAUCAGGUGCACUGUGAUUGGUUUGAAGUAUUUAGGAGGGAAGAGGAAGUAUAUCUCUUUCCAUCCCCGGUUGCAGCAGCAGCAGUUUGUACAGCAUGACCUUUAGAGCAAGAGUUUUGUUGUGUUGUUACUUUUCUUUUUCUUUUCUGAUGGGUCCAGUCGUCCAGUUUUCGCAGCUUUGUUUCUGUGAGCUUUAGUUCUGAUGUUGAUUUAGGUUGAAGGAAGAUUCUCAGAUCCUACGACCCUUUGUGGGUUGGUGUGUUGGUUUUUCCUUCUUUUGUCCAUCGUGUUGUUGUAGUUGUUGUCUUUUCUGCAAUAAAUAUAUAUUUUUUACGUCUUAUACAUGAUAUUAAUGUGGUUCUUAAAUUGAUGAAU